CCUCACCCCGUCCUCGACAGCAAUCCUUUCGGAAGGGUUGUAUGUACUCGCAAACUUCGUACUCGGUGGACCUGUGACCUGUGGUACAGUCUUCGAGGUCUCAUUAGCUAUGAAUGGGCCAGAACUCUUGCGAUUGCGUCGACCUGGGUCUAGUUCUGGUCUCGAGCGCCCCGGUAACCCCGGUAAUAUAUCCCAUGUGCCUUCGUAUAGUCCCUUGGCCACGGCAGACCCACCAACUUGGUCGACCCAUGUAGUCCAAGGUGUCAGUUCGCGACCAGACACCUGGGUGCCCGGCUUGACGACUCCUGUACCGUCACCAAAUUUGUCAAGCAGUUGCGCUGCCGCCGCGCGGCUACCGGCGUCCCAGACGACGGCUUCCCUGACUCCUCGCAAGUCCAGGGUGCCUUUCUCGAAGACCGUAGUUGCGAUGUCAUAGAG